AUGCAUGUACAUUUUGUCGUUUCUUGUUUUGCGAUCAGCAUCGCGGCCAUACCUACUGGUAUGCGCAUGUACGACAGGGAGAUUACUGCCGCCGAGGCCACGACGUUGGUGUUUGGCGAGAAGAAGAAGCUGGCGGACCUGCGAGCUAAGCCGCCGAAGCCACCAAAGAAUUUUAACUGGGACCAAGAGGUGAUUAUCGAAGGCCCAAAUGGCGAGAUAUUGGGCACAGGGAGACCGGUAAGACCGCCGGGUUCAGCCCCACCAGCGCCCCCACCGCAACAGCCGUCACCACCACCACCACCGCCGCAACAGGAGUGGGUUCCAGAUCCGUCUUACCAACCGGAAGAUCCUGAUACAUGGGAAAACGACGUGCCACCUUCCCAGCAAGCGAUACAGGCUGUGGAAGACGCCCAGAACGGGGUUUAUAACCCUUUGCACGCGCAGCAACAAAACCACGAGGGCGCCGGGGCAUAUGCGGACUAUGACUUCCAUGGUCACCAGGACUCGGGACAUCCCGGCAGCUACGUGGACUAUGACUACCAAGGCCAUACGAACUCGGGACAUCCCGGCAGCUACGUGGACUAUGACUACGAAGGCCAUCCGCAGGCGCAUCAUCACGGCUAUCCGGCCGGGCGACCGCAGGACUGGUCAACGCAAAUGGAGCCAUUCACCCGUUCCCCGGGGGGAUACUUUUGGGAAUCGGGCGCUUCUCCGGUAUAUCAAAGGCAGGGAUCCCAGCAGGGCCAGGGGAUAUUAUCUACUGUCAUGUCGGGUGGAGCGCAGCUCCUGAGGACCGGAGCACAGAUGGUGUCGGGUGCGGUGCAGCAGUACCAGCACUCGCAGAACCCGCGGCCAAUGUACCCACACCCUCAGUACCAAGGGUCAGGCUAUCACGAGCAUGCCGGGCCAGGUCAGACAGUUCAGCCCGCGGGCCCCCGGUACGCGGAUUGGGUUUACGACAAUUUACCCGGCGAGGGACCCCCGGGAAGAAUCGUCGGUCCAGAUGAAUACCAUUGA